AUGGCGGGGCCGGCGGGGGACUGGCCAGAGGCUGCCGCGGCGACCUCGGCCCGGAGCUUGCUGGGGGGCUACCGCACCUACGCCCGCCGGUGGGUCUUCCUGCUGGUGAUCAGCCUGCUCAGCUACUCCAACGCCACGCUGUGGCUCAGCUUUGCACCCGUGGCUGACACGAUCGCCCGGCACUUCCUCCUCUCCACUGAGCAGAUCAACUGGCUAUCACUGGUCUACCUCGUGGUGUCCAUCCCGUCCGGUGUGGUGGCCAUCUGGGUUCUGGACUCCGUUGGACUCCGCUGGGCAACCACCUUAGGCGCGUUCCUGAACUUCUCGGGGAGCGUGAUCCGCUCCAUACCCUGCAUGGCCAUCGGCAUCCAGGACCCGUUUGUCCUCCUCUUGGGUGGGCAGAGCCUCUGCGCCCUGGCCCAGACCCUGGUCAUCUUCUCUCCAGCCAAGCUGGCCGCCUUGUGGUUCCCUGAGCACCAGCGAGCCACAGCCAACAUGAUCGGCACCAUGUCGAAUCCCCUGGGUAUUCUGGUAGCCAACCUGCUGUCUCCCAUCCUUGUGAAGACGGAGGAGGACAUCCCCCUGAUGCUAGGCACCUACAUCCUCCCUGCCGGCCUUGCCUUCCUGCUGGCCACUGCAUGCCUCUGGGAGAGUGUGCCCCCCACCCCGCCCUCUGCGGGGGCUGCCCAAUCCACAUCGCUGUCAUUCCUAGCCGGGCUGAAGCUGCUCACAAGGAACAAGGCCUACCUCAUUCUGGCCGUGUGCUUCGGGGGCGGCAUUGGCAUCUUCUCCAGCUUCUCGGCCCUCCUGGAGCAGGUCCUCUGCGUGAACGGCUACUCUAGUGAGUUUGCGGGCCUCUGUGGGGCUUUCUUCAUCGCGUUUGGAGUCUUGGGGGCAGUGGCUCUGGGCCUGUACGUAGACAGGACCAAGCACCUCACCGAGGCCAUCAAGAUUGGCCUCUGUCUGACGUCUCUGGCCUGCGUGGCCUUUGCUGUGGUAUCCCAGUUGCAGGGACAGACCGUUGCGCUGGCUGCCAUCUGCUCGCUGCUGGGGUUCUUCGGCUUCUCGGUGGCGCCUGUUGCCAUGGAGCUGGCGGUCGAGUGCUCCUUCCCCGUGGGUGAGGGCGCAGCCGCGGGACUGGUCUUCGUGCUGGGGCAGGCCGAGGGCGUUCUCAUCAUGGUGCUGCUGACCUCCCUGACCGUGCGCCACCCGGAGCCGUCUGUCUCCACCUGCCGGGAUGGCCAGGGCCCACUGGACUGGAAGGUGCCCAUGCUGCUGAUGGCCGGCCUCUGCGUCCUCUUCAGCUGCCUCCUGGUGCUCCUCUUCCACACCCCGUACCGGCGCCUGCAGGCCGAGGCUGACGCCAGCCCCUCCAUUCAGGAGGACGAACGCCCAGCAACUGCAACAACCCUGGACCACGUGCCCUACCUGGCAGCCACACCCUGA